UAUAGCUCCAUCUUUGAUUCACAGACCAUGUCUAGUGCUUUUAAUUAUUCACGAUUCGCUUCGCACUUGGUGUCUCGGUUUUUCGAUUUUUCGAUUUUCUAAUCUUUUUCUUCUCAUUUGUAUCUAUAUCUAGUUCUCUACACAUUGCUCGUGUAAACGCACACGUGCGAAUUGUCCGAGUAAUAAAAAAUGAAAUAAAUUGAAAACCCUCUUUUAUUUUCUUUUUUCUUUAAAAAAAACUCAGCCUCCCAUUUUUCUCCCAAAGAAUUUCCUCUUUCUACCCGUAUAUAUAAUACAUACAUAUAUACAUACAUACACAAAGAAUUACACGCAGCACGCACUCACACCCACACUCUCACACACACUUUCUUUGUCCUGAAGUCAUCAUCUUCUUCUUGGCGUAUUCUUGAAAACCCUUGCUUCACAAUCGCUCCGCUCAGGGCUUUAUCACGGGUAAAUUCGAGUACUUUUUCUCAAAGAGGGUUUUGUAGUUUAAGAAUAAACGAUUUGGAGGUCAAGCUCUGAUGAGAAUUGAUAGGGGAAUGCAGAAAUUGAAUUGCGAGGAACAGAGCUUAGUCGGCUGGAAGAACAAAUCAGUCACCAGUGGAAUUGGUGUGAUUGCUCCAAAGGCAAGGACACGCGGCAAAUUGAAGCCUGCUUCCUUAUACAUCUAAUACUGGGUGAAGAUAAGGUUAACAAUCCACUUCUUGGCAUCUGAAAAAAAAGGGUAAAUUAUGACUCGAAUUCUAGUGCAGCGAGGUUCUUCAUCAUCAUCUAACCAAAAUAAAUCAUCAACAUCGACAUCGGUUCCCAAUCCCAGUUCUUCACCUCAGCAGCAGGCUACCGGCACCUCACAAAUUGUUCAAAUAGUAAAAGAUGAGAAUUUGGCAGAGGAAUCCCCAGAGCAAAUUAUUGUGGAUGAGUUACCUGAGCAUUAUGGUGCUGCAGAGAACAAGAGUGAAGAAGUUCCUACAGCAAGUUUGAACAUUGAUCACAACGAAGGUGAAAAAAAUGUGGAGGAUGAAAAGGUGAAUAAUGAUAAUGUUGUAGAAUCUGGGAAUUUGGGGAAAGGGUUUUGUGGAUUGUCAGUUGUUGAGGAGGAGGAGGAGGAGAACAAUGCAGUUGAAAGUUCAAGUUCUUUCCAGGUGGCUGCUGCUGGCAGUUCGUAUCCCCCUCCGCCUCCUGUUCCACCUACUAAGCCUUUUUCGGUGAACUCAAGUUCAAGAAGAUUUGUAUCUGGCGACUCUAAUACGGCGCGAAUAGGGCCGUCUUGGAGAGGUGUAUCAAGCAGGUCAUCGCCAACUGGAUCUCGUCCAUCUUCGCCCCGGUCGCAUGAAGGUGAAGGAUAUAACAGCAGUGACGAGCAGAGCCCAUGCUUUAGUUCAUCUUACGAUGAUGCGGAAAGGGAACACCAGUUUGAGAUUGAUUUGGCGGGUUAAGGCUUGGAAGUGAGAAAAAUGCUAGAGGAUGGGAACUGUCUUUUCCGUGCUGUUGCAGAUCAAGUCUAUGGUGACUCUGAACUGUAUGAUCUGGUUAGGCAAAUGUGCAUUGACUAUAUGGAGCGAGAAAGAGAUCACUUCUCGCAAUUCAUAACAGAAGGUUUUACUUCCUAUUGUAAGAGGAAGAGAAGAGAUAAGGUUUAUGGAAAUAAUAUGGAGAUCCAGGCUUUAUCGGAAAUGUACAAUCGGCCUAUCCACAUAUAUUCUUACAGUACAGAACCUAUCAAUAUAUUCCACGGAAGCUACAAUACGGACACCCCCCCUAUAAGGUUAAGCUACCAUCACGGAAAUCACUAUAACUCCCUUGUCGAUCCACGUCGAUUGACAGUUGGCGCUGGACUCGGAUUCAGCUCUCUUCAAGGGACAAAUAUAGAUAAAGAUCAGGUCAAAGCAGCUAUAAAAGCUCAACAAGAUCAACAGAUUGAUAACGCACUUCUUGCGGAGGGGCGUUUGUAUUCUGAUCUUGAGCUGACUGAGAAGGAAAUCGAACGGAUGGUGAUGGAAGCAUCCAGGGCUGAGUAUCUUUCGGAAGACAAGUUCAAGCAGCAAAUGGGUCGUAGGGAAUCUUCUACUUCUCGAGCCGAACCAUCCUCUUCUUCAGCUAGAUCAUCAGGAAUGGAUUCGGUGAUGGAAGGAGGGAGUAAGUUAGCCUCGUCGGGUUCAGCUCUUAACGGAAGCAUGCAGAUAAUGCUGUCAAUGGGGUUCAGUUAUUUGCAGGUGAUUGAGGCGUACAGCAUUUUCGGCGACGAUGUUGAUUCCAUGGUCUGUUAUUUAAUAGAAACGAGCACUAACGGCAGGCGUAAAGGCAAGGCUACCGAAUGAUACGAAAAAAAUCUCGAGACUCGGUUUCGAUUUCAUUUGCUUCCAACAAACAACUUUGUAGAAUUAAGAUUAUACUAAAUAAGAUGAGGGCAUCUAAUUAUCCUUUUAUUUAUUAUUUAAUUGAAGUAUUUAUGUAUGGAGAUCUUAAUGCUUGUAAUAAGCCCUGUCAGUUUUGUGGCUUUUGUUGCAUUUUGGAAUCUACUAUUUUACAGGUUUUAUGGAGAGAGAAUAUUCCAUCA